GGAGGUCUUCAGAAGCCGCUUCAGGGGUUGGUGUCCGGAUCGCUCUCCUGCUGUUUCCACCGGGGGACCUCUCCAGGCCCCAAGCCUCCCUUCCACAGGUGGAGAGCUCGCUGUAAAUGGAUUCCCGCUGGCAGCUGCCAUUGCGCGGCCAAGUCCGAGGCCGACUCCGAGGCCGAGGCGACAUUCGAAGGCAUGGCCGUGCUCGCAGUUUCGCUCGCGGUCUCCUUCGCAGUCGCAGUGUCCUUCGCAGUCGCGGUCGUGGCCAUGGCUUUGGUCAUGGCCGUGGCCGCCAUCUUCACCAUCGCUGGCUCCUUAGUCAGAACAUGAACUUGUUGGGGGCCCUGGCAGAGAUACUGUACGCCACACAGAACGAACCCCUGAUGGAAGAGGGCCAUUUUAUCUGGGCGUUACCUUCGGCCCCAGAAUUCCAGGAGCCAACAGGUGACAAUGCAACCACAAGUAAUUCUGUGGAGCCGGCAGUGAACCAGGCAGACAAGGCAGCAUUAGAGCAGGCAGCAGCAGAGCAGGCAGAGGAAGAAGCCGAAGAGUGUGGAGAGGAGUUCGAACUACAGAUCACAGAUGCCAGAUCAAUAACUCAAUAUGAGUUUGACAACUGGGGUAAUGAUUUUAUAUAUGAAGAAGAGGAAGAAGCAGAAGAACAAACUGAAAACACAGAAGAAGAAGGAGUUGAAGAAGGUCCUGAAAAGGACCUUGACUCAGCAGAUGACAGCUCUUAAAAAUCCAGAUAAGAACAAUGAAAAGAAGACGGAAAAAGAAAAGUCUGUUGUUCAAUCUUUUUAGACUUUUCAGAAGCCCAUGGAAAAUUUUAGCACUGAUAGCAUUUUUAAAUGCAUUACACCAAAAAUUAGCUAAAUAAUAUUCCAAGUUCAUUACCUCAAAAGUGACAUCCCGUGACAACUACUCUUUCUCUUAUGGAUGAAUUUGACAAUGUUUAAUAAAACUAAAAAUGUUUG